AGCUUGAGUUCAAUUUGCUCUAUCUUCCUACAGGUUCUUCGGAAGCGAUGCAGCUCUUGUGUGUUGCAGCGUUAGUUUUGUCCGCGGUGGCUGCUCAGCCAGGUUCGCGCAGGCCAUGGCAGGAUGGAAAGUUUCCGCCUGCUGUUGCGGACUCUAAGCGUGGGGAUGGUGAGCAGCCAGUGACACGGGGCCCAGAAGAUGUUGACGAAGGGUCAAGUGGAGACUGGCCAGCAUGGGACUCUGACCACCUUUCUCACGUUUCGACUUCGGGCAAAAGACAAGUUCCUGGUGUCACUGUCCGGCUUAGACGCCAUCUUUCUGGGCCAAACAGACAAUCUGGGAGACGCGGAGGACCUUCAAGGGGCCAGAAGCCCAACAGGAGGAACCCUGUUCCAAUGGUGUUUUCCCCUGUUUUCAAGGUUGACAAUGUGACAUUUCAGAACGUCACUGAUGUAACACUGAAGGAGGGGGAGAACAUAUUUCUGAUGCCAAAGCAAGGACCAGGAGAACCUCAGGACCAUAAGAGAGGAAGAGACGGGUUUCCAAAGAAUGGGGAAUUUGUGAAGCUGAUCUACAAUGCCACAGAGCCGAACAAAGUCUCCCUUGAGUUCGGCGUUUUUAAACUUAUGAACCCUCGUAAAUUCAUUGGAGAAGAAAACCAUUCUGAUGAAAUGUAUUGACAAUAAAAGGAGGAAACCAUCAUCAAUACAUUUUAAUUGACUAUCUCAACAAAUUUGUUUCUUGUUUAUUCUGAGAAAUUUCCUCUACAAGAAUACAUUCUGGAUGCCAAAAUAAAACUCUUAAAUCCCUUUGA